AUGGCAGCUGUUUUCAUGUCCCUCUUCCUCCUUAAUCUCUUAGCCUCAGGAAGCCCAGCCGCAGAUGCUCAAUGGCCCAGAAAUUCUACUUUGCAUCGUCUGACCAGACACCUUUUACUGAAUUACAGCAAGGGAGUGAGACCCGUCAGAAACUGGUCGAAGGCCACUACCGUUUACCUUGACCUCUUUGUCCAUGCCGUGCUGGAUGUGGAUACACAGAAUCAAAAGCUAACAACAAGCAUUUGGUUUCAGCAGAUCUGGAAGGAUGAGUUUCUCACCUGGAAUUCCAGCCUCUAUGAUGGGAUCAGCGAAAUUUCUCUGCCACUCAGCACCAUCUGGUCUCCGGAUAUCGUCAUCAACGAGUUCUUGGACGUCAGUAGGUCUCCUGAUCUCCCCUACGUUUACGUGAAUGCUGCUGGGAUGAUCAAGAACUACAAGCCCAUGCAGGUGGUGUCCGCGUGCAGUUUGGAGGCAUACACCUUUCCCUUUGACACCCAGAACUGCAGCCUGACCUUCAGCAGCAUCCUGCAUACAGUGGAGGAUGUGGACCUCACUUUCUGGAGAAGCCGUGAAGACAUUAAGAAUGACAAGAUGUUGUUCCUGGAUGAUGGUGAGUGGGAGCUGCUCUCCGUGCCCUCACAUCCCCGGAUCCUGCACAUGGAGACCGGACGCUUCGCCCAGAUUCAGUUUAACGUUGUUAUCCGAAGACGCCCCCUGCUAUAUGUGGUCAGUUUGCUGAUCCCCAGCCUAUUCCUGAUGGUCAUUGACCUGGCCAGCUUCUACCUGCCACCCAACUGUGGCACUAGGAUAACCUUCAAGACCAGCGUGCUGGUUGGCUAUACUGUCUUCAAAGUCAACAUGUCAGACAAACUGCCGGGCACUGCGGUCAGCACUCCCCUCAUUGGGGUGUUCUUCACGGUUUGCAUGGCCCUCUUGGUUCUCAGCCUGUCCAAGUCUAUCCUGCUAGUAAAGUUCCUUCAUCUGGGGGAAGACCCUGUGCGGAAAAGGCUCUUCUCCUGCUGCUGGGUAGGCAAUGCCUUAGACAGAGGAGGCCCCGGUGAGAGAUCCCAGGCUCCCAGGCUGCAAGCAGCUGGUGACAUUGCAGGUCUCUUGUUGCGUGGGGAAGAGGAGGAAGGGAAAGGAGAAGGGCCUUGGAAGGUGACAAGCGCCCGGAAGGUCCCAAUGGAGAAGAUCCUGGCAGAGCUCCUCCUGAUUAGCUCCCAUCUCCGUGCACUAGACUGGGCCAGCAGACUAGAAGUCAACUGGCUCACGCUGUCCUACAAGCUGGAUAGACUGCUGUUCUGGACGUAUGUCCUGACCCUGGGGGUGUAUGCAGUCAUACUCUGCUCCUUGUGGGUAGUCUGGAGCUCCCAGUAAUGGUAGUAGGGGAAUGGCAAAGUUAACAUCAGUGAUGCAGAUACAAUCAAUGCUGGUGAGGACUGGCUGGGCUUACAGGGGCAGAGAAUGGGCUACUGAGUGUCCAUUACUUGGGCUCCAUAUCCAGGUCAGAGGGACUAGCUGGGGAUAGGAGGACAAGACUUUUCACCUGUAGGGCAUCAUUUCCAAUCUAGAGCAGGUUGUUAAGGGCCUAAAAUCUUUACCCUCUGCCAAUGAUCACGUGAUCCAUUUGGACCGAACCCCCUCACCUUCCAACUCAUGCUCCAGGGGGCAUUCCCCACUCUGUGGAUCUCCAGAGCGCUUGGUCUCCAGGAUCUUCUAUCUGGCACCCUCCCUCCAGAACUAAAUUCUUGCUGAAACAAAAACAGAAACCCCACAAAGAGCCUUUACCUGCAGCUGUCUCUUGUCGCUCGUUACCGCUGUGCUAGUGCUUAGCUCUAAUUGCCCAUGAAAUGCUUCUACUGCUAUUAAGGAAAUGAAGAACAUCAGACAGGUUUUGAACCACUCCCACCCAGCCCCUUCCACCAGUGGGAACAACCUCUCUGUCUUGACCUCCCCUAAUUUCAACUGGGAGGCGCUUCCCCAGACAGUGUGCUUAGACGCCUGUGGAGUUCUCUGCUCCCAGCAGCUGGCCGAGGCAUUCCAGCUUCACAAUCCAGUGAGAGGGCAGGUGGGGUGCACCCAGAGUGAAUUCCCACCCAUGCCUAGAACUGCAGGCACUUCCCAGUCCUUUCUGCGCCACGGGACCUCUGCUUGCCCGCAGCUCCUAGGCACAGAUUUGGCAAAACACAUCAAGACAUGCUUAGUACUAAGUACAUGCUCAAGUCCAUCCAUAGUCAGCCAAGAUCUUAAGCACAUUCACUGUUGCUAUCAGUGGUCAGAGCAAGGGGAACUGGGAGUCCAGACUCCUGGGUUCUAUUCCCAGUUCUACCAUUGAGCGGCCUCAGGCAAAUCACUUAAACCUCUUUAUUGCAUGAUUUAUUGCUCUGUUAGAUGGAGCCAAAAUCUACCUACUUCCAAAGAGUUAGCUGCGAGACUGGGGAGUGUUUGCAAUGCAGCUGGAGCUCCCCAGAUGAAAUGCAUUACAGGAAGGCCAAGCACUCUUGCAAAGGCGGAUUCACCCCACAGUGCUCGACCUUUCCCAGAAUCCUACGCACAACCAAUCUGCCCUGUUGCUGGCCUCUGAUGCUGAGUUACCAUCUCAAUGUACAGUAUCAAUGUGGAUAGUAAAGCAUUUUAUCCAGUAUAAACAAUACUCUGGCUGGGUCAUAAUAAGCCAUUCCUCCACGGCAUUAGUUCAGUGUCUGCUUUCCCUCCUUGACCCAGGCAGGUCCAUUUCAAUUAGUGGAAAGAUUUCACCUCUCCACAUCCCCAUUCAGUGCUGGUGCUUAAAGAGCUUCAAAUGCUAACAAAAUGACAUUGCAAAAGUUGUUCCAUUUAAAGUGCAGUUUUCCCCACUUCUGCAAAUAUCACCGUGCCAGGAGCUGGUGUGGCAAUCAUUUAUCAGACAGCUAUUCAAAGGAAAUUAUACAGAAGUCAAUAUGGAGGAGACACCCUCUUAUGCCAAAGCCAGUGUGCAUUACACUGAGUGCCAUGUCAGAGCACUGCUAUUUAUUUAUUUUUAAACAGUAACACACUUAUAACUGUCCCCUCCAGGCAGUUAGGCUUGAAUAAAGACUGGGAGUGGAUGUGUCAUUACACAGAGUAAAACUAUUUCCCCAUGUUUAUUCCUCCCCCCGCAACACUGUU